AUGAGCAAACUUCUCGUCGUCUUCGGUGCCACAGGCCAGCAGGGCGGCUCCGUAAUCGACACCGUUCUGAACGACCCAGAGCUCUCGAAAGAAUACUCGGUGCGCGCAAUCACUCGAGAUCCGACGCGCCCAGCAGCCCUGGGCCUGCAAAACCGAGGUGUGGAAGUCAUCAAGGGUGAUGUGGAUGACCCCAAGUCACUCUCGGCGGCCCUCGCCCAGGCUCACACCGUUUUCCUCGUUACAACCACGAUUUAUGAUGACCACCUCAAGAGCCGCGAGUUUCGCCAGACCAAAGAUGUGGCCGAUACAGCCGUCGCCGCCGGAGCCCAGUAUAUCAUAUACAGCUCGUGCGUGGCUGCUGAAAGCCUCUGGGGAAGAUCAGUCCCCGCAUUUGAUUCGAAGGCAGCUUCAGAAGCUUACAUCCGAACUUUGCCCGUGAAAAGUGCCUUUUUUCUCCCCGGCAUGUUUAUGCAAAACUUUCUCACGAACCAAAGUCCGCGGCCGUUGUCCCAGGAAGGUGACGAGACCACCUACGCCAUUGCCAAUUUCAUCUCCCCAGAUGCGCGCAUGCCACUGAUCGAAACCGUCAAGGAUGGCGGCAAGUACGUGGGUGCCAUUCUUGCCAAUCCUGACAAGUAUGCCGGAAAUAAUUUCUUCGCCGCGACGGAGUUGCAUAGCUACCGCGAGGCUGCUGAAAUUAUCACCCGUGUCACCGGAAAGAAAACCGUCUAUGUGCAGAUGUCCCUUGAGCAAUGGGUCAGCUAUCUGCCCCCAGGAUACGAUAAAGCCAUGACGGAAAUGAUGCGCUGGAUCGAGAGCCCGGGAUAUUUUGGGCCUCGGACCAAGGAGGACGUCGAGUGGACGGUGCAGCAGGUAAAAGAAAAGCUGACCACGUUCGGGGAAUUCGUGAAGGCACAUGCUACCGACCUGUUCCAGCAGUGA